CUUGUCGGGUUUAGUUUGGAUCUAACCUAUCUUGGACUCUAGUCAUCUCGACUGAGCACCGGGCGCCACGCGAAAGUCUGUGUUUUCAAGAUCUCCAAUUUCAGCCUCUUCAAACUUCUACCAUCUUCAAUUACCCUAUCACGUAGUAGUCUUUCUAGCUUCCUAAUACCCGCGCAUUUACUAGGAGGUAAAAUUUGAUACUGCGACUUUUAUUUGGUGGUAUUUUGAGACCUUUAAACCGUCGAAACGGUUAUAUAUUUGAACAAAAGACACUUUGACGUGUGGCGCCUUACUUCUCACUCAUUACCGUCCUGCCGCAACUUAAUACGAAUCCUAUCUUGCCCAACAAACUCAGCUGACUAGAAGUUUCACGCCUACGAUAGUCAUUCAUUGAUUCCAUGAGAACAUCAUAGGCUGAAUAUUGAUAGGCGGGCUCCUUUUGCCCUCCGUGCCCGUUAUGGCUUCUCGCUAUAGCGGAUCGCGAUACGAUGGCGAGUCGCGUCGUUCUAGAUCUCGAGAUCGUUCGCCAGAUCGGAGAUCGCUAUAUAGUGAUGGCGGCCCGCGGCGUGCUUCCGCAGAAUCUCGAUCGAAUAGCUCGGCAUUCCAAGCUAACCGGGACUCAUUUCGCGACAACCUGUCAAGGGAACCCCCGAGGGGCCCGAAAGCUCUACUUGAUGCCCCUAGCGGACCUCGCGGGGGUGGAUAUUCUGGAGAAUUCCGUGGCAGAGGUCGUGGUGGGCGAGGAAGAGGCUGGCGAGACGACAGCCGAGACCGCGGAAGAGAUCGAGAUAGUGAUUUCCGAGAUCGAAGAGAUAAUUCUUACCGAGAUGAGCGCAGUCGAGAACGCGACCGCGGAGAUUGGCGGGAUCGUGAACGAGACAGCUUCAGAGGACGACGCCCGUCGCCUCGCGGACGAUCACCUCCCCAAAGAGAUUUUCGCGAUUUGAGGGAUAUGCGAGAUCCUCCGUUAGGCGUCGAUGCAGAGCGAGCCCGGCGUGGAUCAAGAGAUGGACCCUUGUCUGCUGGCUCAUCUUCCUCCGACCCUCCCUUUGGCCCUUCAUAUCGUGGUAGCUAUAGUAACCGAGGCCGUGGCAGAGGUCGCGGCGAUUGGGGAGACAGAGGCCGUGGACGAGGCUACUACGAGGAUCGCGACAGAUACGGCUCGGCCUACAGGGCUCGUUCCCAAGAAGGACGGUACCGAGACCGUGAUGACCGUGACCGCGACAUUAGAUACCCCGAUCCUGAUUUGCGCCCCCGCGAUCAUCGAGACGAUCGCGAUGUGCGGGACCGCGAGGUUCGACCAAAACUCGAGCGAGCUUCACAUGAACCACCCCCACUACCUGCCAAGGACGUGUCGCCGCCCCCCGUGGCCCCAGCCGCACCAUCCUUUGGAUCGGUUCCUAACAGAACUCCGGCAACCGAUGUUGGCUUGGCUACGGGCAAAGCACCACCAACAGGGCCUAGAGCGCUUAAGGAUGAGCGCCCUGCUCCUUCUGGCUCUACACUGAAUGCGGAUGCUAGAAUGCCGCCUAUAGGACCUUCUAGACCCUACCUAGAUAUAGGGCAGUCUACAAUCCCUUCCGGUCCGCGAUCUUCCACAAUAAACCGCCCAGGUCCUUCUAGCAAGCAAUGGAUUAACCCCAACAUAAAGCGUGUCCCCGAAUCACCGAAGUUGAAUAGAUCCCAGAGUCUUGCUCAACCCCGGCCUUCUGGUCCUCGUCCAGAUGGUGCGCAUAGUGAUCAACCAGUAGAUGGUGAUCAAAGACCACCCAGUAGUGAUACUAAAGCUGAUCCACAGGUAGAUAAACAGCUUAAGGAUACACAAACUGUCGAUUUGGACCAAGAGCCUACAAAAUCAGACCAUCGUCCACAAUCAGCUAGAUCGUCAACAGAUCAUGAACAUAAACCCCAGGAUAAUGCAUCUAGUGCAACAGUUAAAGAGGAGGAUGGUGAAGUGGCGCGUGUUGACGAUACCGCCCAAGAGAACCCCAUUGUCGAACCGGAGGCCUCGCCGGUGGUCAACGAGACGAAAACACAAGAGCGCCGACGCCCUACUUUAAAAGUGUUACCGAAACGUGUUUCGCUCCCUAAGAAAGAAGCAAAGCUCCCCAUCUUGGAUCAAUCGUCGGAAUCAGAUGAUGAGGAAAUGGGUGAUGUGAUUGAAUCACAAAUGAAAGAGGUCGAGUUGAAAUUAAAGCAGCUUGAGGGGAUCGAUGAAGUACCAAUGGAUGCUAUAGUACGACAUGCAAUAGUAUCACUAGAGGCUGUUGGUAAGAUUUUAAGCGAACCCGAGGGCUUGGAGGAUAUGGUCGGUCCUGUGCCGGAGGAUGUGUCUUUACCUGGGGAAAACCCUCCAGAAGUCGAACCUGAGCCCGAGAGGGCACCGAGUACGGAGGCAACCAAAGUUCUUGACGAUGUCAAGGAAACUAAUGAUACCCGGGAAGUUAUUAAAAACAAAACUCCCUCCCCCUCUCUAGAAAAAGAAACCUCACCUUUACACACAAGAAGUUCAAGUGCAGAACAUCCGCAACCAUCCAUUGAGCAAGACAUGGAUAUACCUGCAUCUCCCGAAGCACCGCUUGGUGAAAAUAAACUAAAGGAUGAUGAUAGAGAUGUCACAAUGGAAGACGCACAAGAUAUUAGCCAGCCUGAUUCUGAGGCACAAGGACCGCGACAUACCCAGUUAUCAACCUCCCACAGACAGUCUAUUGAUGGACCAUUUGAAGCAACGCAUACACAAUCACAAGAUAUUAGCAAAGGAGGCUCGAACACACCAUCUCCAGUAGAGGACGAAGAUGAAACAGAUAUCGAUGACGUGGAUUAUCAAACCAUCGAGAAUAUCCGCCCACAUAUGCUUACUCCUCCGAUAGAAAGCCUACCUCACUUUGAUGAUGAAAAGCCAUGGUAUAAGGACCAGGCUUUUCUUAAAUCGAUGGAUACUCCGCAGCUGGGCCUAGAAGCCUUUAUUCUACAGAGGCUGGGUGAAGAAGCAACAGUUCGGAAGGCUGAGGAGAGACGGGGACAGGAGCUUUACGAUACUAACUACGAUCGUUACCUACGCUUUACCAUGUCCAACGAUCCCGUCGCUGUCAAAAGUCGAGAGAAGUUUGCGCAUGUCCCUGGAGCCGAAACUAAUGGCCAUAGACCUGGCUUCCAUGAAUCUAGGCCAGAGGGAACAAGACGUAGUAGGUAUGCAUCAGAACGAGAUUUAGAGAGGAUUUUGGAGGAGUCGCGCCGUGUCGAGGAUGAAAAGAGAGAACGCCAAAUGCAGGCGGAGAGGGAGCGAUAUAGAACCGAGAAGGAAGCUGUGUUGCCUCGUCAAUAUCAACUACCAGAAGAGCGAGAAAGGGAAUUCUAUCGGGACGUGACAGGUUUUAUCCAACCCGAGAAAAUUGUGGCAGCUUGGGAACUCCUGCCCCCGGUGGACAAUUUCACGCAGGAAGAAACGGCAACGUUCGAGAAGGCGUAUCUCGAAUAUCCCAAGCAAUGGGGUCGUGUUUCUGAACCGUUAGCUGAAAGAGACUUUGGAACCAGCAUCCAGUUCUAUUACCUCAAGAAAGAGAAGGAGGCGCUCAACCUGAAGGAGAAGCUUAAGAAGCGUCCAAGACAACGUAAGAAGGGUGGACGCGGCAAGCAACGAUCUAGUGCACUGGUGUCGGAACUUGGAAACGGCGAAAAUGAGAAUGAGGAGAACCAGGAGACGGGUGAAAACGGCGAGAGGCGUCGACCUAGGCGUGCGGCCGCCCCUACUUUCAACUCGGAAGCUACUCCAGCAACUGAUGGCGAAAGUGGAACGCCAUCUGGUACACCCGGACGAAGAGGUGCGAAGGGAGACGGAAGUGCCGAAAAGCCGGAACGCAAGCCUAGAGGGCGCCGAGCUGCUAAGGAUAAGGAACCGAAACAGCCUCGUGUCAACCAGACUUUGGCCGCGGCACCGCCUACGGGAACUAAGGGUAACCGUUCGCGAUCUAGUUCUCGUGUUCAUGGUCCGGAGUGGGCACCACCGCAAACACCGAACGAGGCCUCUAGAACCCCGGCUCAAUACGAACUAGCUCCAAGCACAUCGGCCGCCACGCCUGUUGCUAUCUCUGCACCAUUCCCUCCGGCGCAGCCGAUUCUUAGUCCUGAGAGAGGAGUUCCUCCGCCUCCACCUCCUCCACCCGCCGUCCCGAUGUCUGUCGACACAAUGGGCCCUCCACCGUUGCGCCCAGAGCCCCCCCAACAACCUCCUGUCGCAAUGCUUGAUAUGAGCCAACCGGCAGCGUCAGACCGCAGAUCCGGCACGCAGGCAUCUAGUUAUUGGAGUGUACCCGAGGCGAAUGAUUUCCCCCAAUUACUUCGUUCCUUUGGAAGCGAUUGGGCGGCGAUUGCGACACACAUGCGAACGAAGACUCCGAUUAUGAUCAAAAACUACUACACCCGUAAGAAGGAUGCCAAUGACUGGCAGAUCAUAGUCGAGGAAGCGGAUUCCAGGAAAGCCAGGGGCGAGAAAAGACCGGCACCCCCGGCACCCAGUUCCGGCGUCAAAAAGCGAUAUGAAACAUCGAGCAAUCGACCACUCGCGGCUGCAGAUGCAGUCAUGGAAGAUAGCCCUGUGCCUAAGCUUGAGCAUCCCCAGGUCUCACAGCCGACGUCGGGUCGGUUCAACGUCCCAAUAGCAGCUCAACCGCAACCUACGCUUAUUCAGUCCCCAUUCGUGCCAGCAACUCAGUCUCCGCUGAUCCAAAGCCACGGAGCUACCCCGCCCGGAUCGCAACCUCUUGCCCAACCAGUCACUCAGACUAUGUCUCCUCGGCCUAUGAGAGCUCCGUUCUCCCUCACCGACAGAGAACGCGAACUACCCGCUCAACAGCCCGUUCGCGUUCCGUUAGGACAGAAGACUGCUCCGGCUGGACAGCCACCAGUAUCCGAAGCUCCCAUGGGGAGACAUCCUUUGCCUGGAUCAUUGAUGGAGCCUCAUUCAGAACGUCCUAGAGUAGAGCCUAAAGUUCCUAAGGAACAGCCUCGUCAACAGCUGCGCGUCAAGCAAGAGCCAGAUCUUAUUCAUCAAUACGAUCACUUUGUUCCCCAAGCUCAGACUGCCCGUAUGACAUCGUCUCGUCCGGAGAGUGUACCGCUCUCACGUCCGCCCGACCCCCCUCGAGCGGUGGCGCCAGCUCCGCAAGGACCCCCACAGGGCUCGUUUGCGACCAUUCUUCAGCAACAUGGUAGAAAUGUAUUGCAGGAGGGAAACCCGUCUCCACCGGCUCGACCUCGUCUGAUUUCUACAUUAUCCAGACCGGCAUCUGGUGCUGGUGGCGGAGCGGAACCGUUUAGUGCUCCACCGGCGCAGCAAACACCGCCUGCCGUCGCUUCUGCGCCAGCCCGUCCUCCGGAGCGAAAGACCUCCAAUUUGAUGGCGCUUUUGAAUGACGACACGCCUACGCCACCACCCCCUCCUCCAAAGAGGGUUGCGGAAGUACCUGUGGCUGCGAAGCCGUCUUCAACGCCACCGCCUCAAUCUAAUCUCUCCCGUCCUCCACCUCCUCCACCGCCGCCAUCCCACAUUCGAAGAGAGCCACCUAUGCAAGAUGCUCAGUCCUACGGGUACAGCCGAAACCCUUCUGCAGUACCAUCUGCAAUGCCGCAGCUUAAACCAUACGCAGCUGCAUCGCCCCAGGCGCAACCUUUAAAUGCUCCCCGACAUAUGCCAUUGGAUGCAGCAGCAGAACGAGAGUAUUAUGGGGGUCGACCACGCUCCUAUCCCUCUGCGCAUCAAUCUCCGGCAGCAGGUUCGCCCCAGAGUGCGCAUCAUUACCCACCUCCCAAUCAGCCGUCUCAGGUAGCCUACCAAACCCAACCCUCAUAUCCUUACGGUGCACAAGUUCAACCACCGAAUGUAGCGUCGCCCCCACCCCAAUACGGGGGUCACUCUGCUCCCCGAGGCCACGAACCUCAGUCUAGCCGAGAUCUUGGUUGGCCUGGUCCACAUCAGGGCCACCCGCUACAACAGCAGCAUCAGCCGCACCAGCAGCCGCACCAACAACCGCAUCAGCAGCCACAACAGCCACCCCCACAGCAUCAGUCGGCCUGGGCAUCGCAUCCUCCGCAACCUCCUAAGUCUACACAACCCCCGCCGGCGCAAUCAGCCUGGGCUGCACAGCAACCGACGCCGAAACCUCCGCCGCCUAGUAGCUCUGUUCCACCACAGCCUUCUUGGGCUUCAGCUCCGUCAAGAGGUAUGGAUCCCAUGGCUCUUCGCGACGUUCGAGAUGUCUAUCCGCCGCAUAGCAUGCGAGCUCCUAUACAGCAAUAUGCGCCUGUUACGAGAGCUCCUGAGCCGCCUCCUCCGCAAGCCCCGGCUGCAUAUCCUAGGUACGCGAGUACGCCAGUGCCCGGACGAGACCCUCGCGAUCCCGGACCGCCGCGAAGCUAUACCCCUAGUCCGUACGACAGCAGAGGUUACCCACCUUCUGCUCAAGACCUCCGCGAGGCACAAAUGCGCGAACAGCAACAGUCGAUCCUGCAGCAACAAUUGCGACCCCAGGACAGACAUCCUAGUCUCUAUGAUCGCCCGCCGCCGCCGGACAGAUAUGGGAGGUAGGUGACCCCGUUAUAUCUGCCGGCACGGUUUCCUCGUGGGGGUAGUAAUGCACGAGGAAGGGGUGGAUCAAUGGGAGGACAGCCCCCGACGUCAUGAGUCUAUACUACGCAUCAUUGUGGUACAAUUCCUGGGUCAAGUUAUAAUUCUAGCCCUUGACCCUACCUGCUUUCGGUAACUA